CUUUCUACCCUCAGUCUUGAUAGAAACACUCCAUCUUUUAAAGCUAAAAGACUUGUUUUCAAGUGAUCACUUAGAAACAAAUUCAAAGAACUUAAGUGAGUUAUAGUGUGUGUGUGUGUGUGAGGGAUGGGGAGAACACCAUGUUGUGAUAAGAAAGGUUUAAAGAAAGGGCCAUGGACACCUGAGGAAGAUGAAAAACUUGUUGAGUAUAUUAAGAAUCAUGGUCAUGGUAGUUGGCGUUCUCUUCCACAUCUUGCAGGUCUUGCUCGUUGCGGGAAGAGUUGCCGUCUUAGAUGGACGAAUUAUCUAAGGCCAGACAUAAAAAGAGGUCCCUUUAGCCAUGAGGAAGAAAAGCUAGUCAUACAGUUACAUGGAAUCCUUGGCAACAGAUGGGCUGCGAUUGCAUCACAACUGCCUGGAAGGACGGACAAUGAGAUCAAGAACUUAUGGAAUACUCACCUGAAGAAACGCCUACUUUCCAUGGGCGUUGAUCCUCAGACUCAUGAACCCUCUUCAGCACCUAAUGGGAUGCUGAUAAGUCCACCUACAUCGCUUGCAUCCCGCCAUAUGGCACAAUGGGAAAGUGCAAGGCUGGAAGCUGAGGCUCGUCUAUCCAGGGAAUCCCAACUCCUGGUUCCAUCAUCAGCAGGAAGGUCUGGAACAGACUACUUUUUGCGCAUCUGGAAUUCAGAAGUUGGAGAAGCAUUUAGGAAAUUCAACAAAAAAGAAGGCAGUACUACUUGUGAAAGUCCAGCUUCUCAAGCAUCUUCAUCAACAAAGUACGGAUCUGCUUCAGGCGUCACAACUGAGAUGGACCUUAGUUUUGCUGCCUACCAAAAUGAAGAUCCAGAGUGGAAGAACAGCCAACCAUAUACGGAAGAUGUCUUGCAAGGAUAUGACGACACCUCUAGCUCCAGUGGAUUGGAGGAUUCAUCUGAAUCAGCACUGCAACUUCUAUUCGAUUUCCCGAGUAACAAUGACAUGAGCUUUCUUGGACACAGUGAUACCUACAGCUUGUAUCCUGAGUUCUUGAGUCAAAGCUCCUUUAAAUGCUCAACAGAACAUGAAGUUGGCUUUCUCUGAAUUCGGUGGUCACGAAAGCCUAAAUAGUCGAAAAAUUACUGUGUUUUUUCAGUAGAUCUCGCUGCAGAAAAGGUUUGUAUUUUGACUCCACUAUGUCUUAGUCAUCUUGAAUGGUAUGUAAGCCAAGACAUGUAAGGCAAAUUUAGGUCUAGUGGCAUGUUUCUUUACUAGAACUGUCACCAUGUCUUGAAGUUACAUCUUUUGCAUAGCUAAAAGCAUUGGGAGAAACUUUGUUAACUCAUUUGCUAAUUAAUGGAAUUGUUGUUGACAUGUCA